CUCUCUCCUCCUCUUUCUCUCUCGCUCUCUCUUCCUGGUUGUGUGAAGCCCGCACAGAAGAGACACAGGUAGAGAGCUGUGAAGUUUGGAGAAGUGCGAAGACCUGUAGAAGCAGACGUGUGGCUGGUGUCUUGGUUUUAUCACACUGUCACAGGAGCUGGGUAGUUGCAUCUCAAGGAGUGUGUUUUGAGUGUGUGUGUGUGUGUGUGUUUGAGCUCAGUUGCACUACAACCAAGACUUCCAUUUUGGCACUCAAGGAGAUUUAUAUUUGGAAGUUGGGCGUUUUUUUUCUUUUUUUUGCAUCGACUUUGGAAAACUUCUCUGGGAAAGGAACACCAGUGCACAGACACAUAGUCGGGUGUUACAUCAGUGGUUUCUCCCCGGGGACAGUUUGAUUAUUGUGUGGGAGGUGUGACUCUGCAGCAGGGGAGGACUUGACAGCCGUUGGCAGGGGAACGGUCGGCCGCCGGGUCGCCGCGGUGAUGGAGCCCAGGGGAGGAAGUGACGCGAGCCUCCGGUCAGAGCGCUGGUUGGAGUGAGUGCAUCCGUGUCAACGCCUGUGCACUCGCCUCGCGCGCGCGCACACACACACACACGCAGGCAUGGAGUUCCUCAAGAGCCUUGUUCCCGCCGUCAUAUCCGGGGACAGUGGAGCCACUGCCACCACCACCGGGUCGAUAACACCUGGUACGGCCGCGGAGGUUCUGCCCCGGGACUCGGGCCCCCGUCUGCUAAGGGUCAAACGUCUGGGCCUGCUGGCCAUGGGCCAAACCAUUGAUGAAGACCUGAUGGGGCCGUCUCAACCCAUUCGACCCCCUCGUCUCUACAGACACCGUCCAAAAGCCUCAGCCCCAGUCAGCAGCAGCAGCGUGGUGAGUAGACACCGGCCCCCGAGCUCCCCCGCGUCGGCCCCCCCGCACUGGGAGAAGCGUGGUGGUGUCGCCGUCGGCGGCAGCAGCAGCAGCAGCAGCAGUGGGGCCCCGACCGGCCCCUGCCCCACCUCGGCCGCCGCCGCCAUGUCCGCCAUCACCAUAGACCCCGAGCUGAAGCCCGGAGAGUUUGUCAUCAAGAGCCUCUUCGCCGAGUUUGCCGUGCUUGCCGAGAAGAAGAUCGAGGUGGUGAUGGCCGAACCACUGGAGAAGCCAUUAUCCCGUUCCCUACAGAGAGGAGAAGAUCCACAGUUUGAUCAGUUAAUAAGCUCUAUGAGCUCCAUAGCGGAACACUGUUUGCCCUCGCUGCUGCGCACGCUGUUUGACUGGUACCGCCGGCAGAGUGGCACGGAGGAUGAGUCCUACGAGUACCGCCCCCGCUCCAGCACCAAGUCCAAAGGGGAUGAACAGCAUCGGGAUAAAGACUUCCUACUGGAGCGAAGGGAUCUGGCCAUAGACUUCAUCUUCUGUUUAGUAUCUGUAGAAGUUUUGAAACAGAUUCCUCUGCAUCCAGUGCCAGAUGCUUUAGUACAUGAAGUUCUGAACCUGGCAUUCAAGCACUUUAAACAUAGAGAGGGGAACUCUGGCCCCAACACUGUCAACGUGCACAUCAUUGCAGACCUGUACGCCGAGGUCAUCGGAGUUCUCACACAGUCCAAGUUCCAGGCGGUGAGGAAGAAGUUCAUCACGGAGCUGAAGGAGCUUAGGCAAAAGGAGCAGUCUCCUCACGUGUGCCAGAGCAUCAUCAGCCUUAUCAUGGGCAUGAAGUUCUUCCGGGUCAAGAUGUACCCCGUGGAGGACUUUGAAGCCUCCUUCCAGUUUAUGCAGGAAUGUGCCCAGUAUUUUCUGGAGGUUAAGGAUAAGGAUAAGGAUAUCAAGCACGCCUUGGCUGGGUUAUUUGUGGAGAUCCUCAUCCCUGUAGCUGCUGCGGUGAAGAAUGAAGUGAAUGUACCGUGUCUGAAGAACUUUGUGGAGAUGCUCUACCAGACAACCUUUGACCUUAGUUCCAGAAAGAAACACUCUCUGGCUCUCUACCCCCUGGUGACGUGCCUGCUGUGUGUCAGCCAGAAGCAGUUCUUCCUCAACAACUGGCACAUCUUCCUCCAGAACUGCCUCUCUCACCUCAAGAACAAAGACCCCAAAAUGUCUCGCGUGGCGCUGGAGUCGCUCUACAGGCUGCUGUGGGUCUACAUCAUCAGGAUCAAGUGUGAGAGCAACACCACCACGCAAAGCACUUUGUGCCUCGCCUCCUCAGCACUUUUCCCCAAAGGCUCCCGAAGCGUGGUGCCGCGGGACACCCCCCUCAAUAUCUUUGUCAAGAUCAUCCAGUUUAUCGCUCAGGAAAGGCUGGACUUUGCCAUGAAAGAGAUCAUCUACGACCUCCUGUGUGUGGGCAAAUCCCAUAAGACGUUCACCAUCAACCCAGAGCGGAUGAACAUCGGUCUGCGGGCGUUCCUGGUGAUCGCCGACAGCCUGCAGCAGAAGGAUGGCGAGCCGCCCAUGCCCACCACCGGCGCCAUCCUGCCCUCAGGCAACACGCUGCGCGUCAAGAAGAUCUUCCUCAACACCACGCUCACCGACGAGGAGGCCAUGGUCAUCGGUAUGGCGCAGUACUACCCUCAGGUGCGAAAGGCUCUGGACAACAUCCUGCGACACCUGGACAAAGAGGUGGGCCGCUCCAUGAGCAUGACCAACGUCCAGAUGUCCAACAAGGAGCCCGAGGACAUGAUCACGGGCGAGAGGAAGCCGAAGAUCGAUCUGUUCCGUACGUGCGUGGCGGCCAUCCCCCGUCUCAUCCCCGACGGCAUGAGCAGAACGGACCUCAUUGAGCUGCUGGCCAAGCUGACCAUCCACAUGGAUGAGGAGCUGCGGGGCCUGGCCUUCACCACUCUGCAGGCCCUGAUGGUGGACUUCCCAGAGUGGCGCGAGGACGUGCUGUCGGGCUUUGUGUACUUCGUGGUGCGUGAAGUGACCGACGUCCACCCCACGCUGCUGGACAACGCUGUCAAGAUGCUGCUGCAGCUCAUCAUCCAGUGGCGGCAGGCCGUUCACACCAGCAACCGCAGCGGCACCACACCCACACCCAACCCCAACACCAACGCCACCGGCCCUACGUCCGUGUCCGUGUCGACGCCGAGUCUGUCUUUGGAGCGCUCGCCCCAGCUGGGCGUGCUGCACGUGGUGGAGGGGCUGGCCCUAGUGGUGCUGUGUAGCUGCCGCCCCGCCACGCGCCGUCUGGCCGUCAACGUCCUGAAAGAAGUCCGCGCGCUGCACACCGCACUAGGCAUCACCAAGGGAGAUGAGGAGUUGGCCAUAGAUGUGAUGGACCGGCUGAGUGCCUCAGUGUUGGAGAGCUUCAUCCACCUCACAGGGGCUGAUCAGACCAACCUGCUGUACUGCCCCAGUGGCAUUGACCUGCAGACGUUGGCCGAGUGGAGCUCAUCGCCCAUCAGCCACCAGUUCGAUGUGGUCAGCCCCUCGCACAUCUGGGUGUUUGCACACGUGACACAGGGCCAGGACCCGUGGGUCAUCAGCCUGUCCAGCUACCUGCGUCAGGAGAACCUGCCCAAGCACUGCCCCACGGCGCUGGGCUACGCCUGGCACUUCGCCUCUACGCGCCUGCAGCUGCUCUCGCCGCAGGUCGACAUCAACAGCCCCAUCAAUGCCAAGAAGGUGAACAGCCUGAGCAGCAGCAGUGACUCCUACGUGGGCCUGUGGAGGAACUACCUGAUCCUGUGCUGCAGCUCAGCCACCUCCUCCUCUUCCUCCUCCUCCUCUUCAUCCUCCUCCGCCCCCGGAUCAGUCCGCUGCUCCCCGCCCGAGACGCUGGCGUCCACGCCGGACAGCGGCUACAGCUAUGACUCCAAGAUAAUAGGCAUUCCGUCCCCCUCCUCCCUGUUCAAACACGUGGUGCCCAUGAUGCGCUCGGAGAGCAUGGACAUCACUGAAUCACUCGUGCUGGGGCUUGGCAGGACCAACCCCGUGGCCUUCAGAGAGCUGCUGGAGGAGUUGAACCCCAUCAUCAAAGAGGCUCUGGAGAGAAGACCAGAGAACAUGAAACGACGCCGGCGUCGCGACAUCCUCAGGGUCCAGCUGGUCCGGAUUUUUGAGCUGCUGGCUGAUGCUGGUGUCGUCAGUCAGACUGCAAGUGGAGGCCUGGAUGGGGAGACACACGCUCUGAACGGGACGCUGCUGGAGUAUGUGGACCUGACACGGCAGCUCCUGGAGGCAGAGAACGACAAGGACUCGGACACGCUGCGGGACAUUCGCUGCCACUUCAGCGCCCUGGUGGCCAACAUCAUCCAGAAUGUGCCAGUGCACCAGAGGAGGAGCAUCUUCCAGCAGUCUCUGCGGCACAGCCUCUUCAUGCUGUUCAGCCACUGGGCCGGACCCUUCAGCAUCAUGUUCACGCCACUGGACCGCUACAGCGACCGCAACAUGCAGAUCAACCGGCACCAGUACUGCGCCCUAAAGGCCAUGUCUGCUGUCCUGUGCUGUGGGCCAGUGGCGGACAACGUGGGCUUGUCGUCUGAUGGCUACCUCUACAAGUGGCUGGACAACAUCCUGGACUCUCAGGACCGCAAGGUGCACCAGCUGGGCUGUGAGGCAGUGAUGCUGCUGCUGGAGCUCAACCCGGAGCAGAGCAACCUGAUGUUCUGGGCCGUGGACCGCUGCUACACGGGCUCACGCCGCGUUGCCGCCGGCUGCUUCAAGGCCAUCGCCAACGUCUACCAUAACAGGGAUUACCAAUUUGACACUGUGGUGCUGCUGAAUCUGAUCCUGUUCAAAGCAGCCGAUUCCUCCAGAGAGAUCUACGAGGUUGCCAUGCAACUGCUCCAGAUCCUGGAGCCCAAGCUGUUCCGUUACGCCCACAAGCUGGAGAUCCAGAGGAGUGAUGGCAUCCUGACUCCGCCCUCUCCACUCCCCCACCUCUACUCACUGUCCUACUACCAGCUGAGUGAAGAGCUGGCCCGCACUUACCCAGAGCUCACACUGCCUCUAUUCUCAGAGGUGAGCCAGCGCAUCCAGACAGCGCACCCUGGUGGCCGGCAGGUGAUGCUGCACUACCUGCUGCCCUGGAUGAACAACGUGGAGCUGGUGGACUUCAAGCCGUCGGUGCGGCGGCAGGAGGAGCCUUCGUCGGACGAGGGAUGAGACCGGGAGAUGAUGAUGGUCAACAGCCGCCGCUGGCUCAGGGGAGAGGGCUGGGGGUCUCCACAUGCCACCACCAUGGUGCUCAACAACCUCAUGUUCAUGACUGCCAAGUAUGGAGACGAGUUUGCCUGGUCUGAGAUCGAGAAUGUGUGGACCACACUGGCCGACAGCUGGCCCAAGAACCUCAAGAUCAUCCUGCACUUCCUCAUCAGCAUGUCCGGGGUCAACAGCGACCCCAGCCUCCUGCCCUAUGUGAAGCGUGUAGUGGUGUACCUGGGCCGGGAUAAGACCAUGCAGUUGCUGGAGGAGCUGAUGUGUGAGCUGGAGCUCACUGACCCCGUCAGCUCGGCCAUCACACACAUGGACAACCCCCCUUACUACCGCAUCACCUCCAGCUACAAGAUCCCCUCUGUCAACUCAGGAACCACAUCUAGUAGCAACACCAUGGUGCCAGGACAAGAUCCACACCACGACAAGAUAAAAGAUCCCAACAUGGAGGAUAAUUACACCCACUUGGACAUCUACAGCGGCUCGAACAGUAACCUGAACAGACAGCACCACCGGCUGGAGUCUCGCUACAGCAGCAGCUCAGGAGGCUCCUAUGAAGAGGAGAAGAGUGACUCCAUGCCCGUCUAUGCCAACUGGCGUCUGAAGGUGAUGGACCACAACCGGCCGGAGCCACUGCCCUUCCCCCCAACGGGAGGCUGCUGGUCCCCGCUGGUGGACUACCUGCCCGAGACCAACACACCCGGGGUGUCUCUGCACAGGUGUAACAUAGCUGUGAUUCUGCUGACGGACCUCAUCGUGGACCAUGGUGUUAAAGUGGAGUGGGGCGCGUAUCUCCAUCUGCUGCUGCAUGCCAUAUUCAUAGGUUUUGACCACCAGCACCCAGAGGUUUAUGAGCACUGCAAGCGCUUACUACUCCACCUGCUGGUCGUCCAGGGAACAAACAGUAGCGUCCAAUCACUGGCCUCCAUUCUGCUCCGCAACCGCGAGAUCAACGACCCCAAGGUGCUCACGAUCAAACCGGCCCUGCAGGAGUUCAACCUGACUGGCGUGAGUGAGCUGGUCCCCGACUACCAGCCGUCCCCCAUGACCGACUCGGGCCUGAGCUCCAGCUCCACCUCCUCCAGCAUCAGCCUGGGCAGCACUGCCCUGCCCCACCUGCCCCCCGCCCUCAACGAGGUGGACCUCUCCGCCGAACAGGACCAAAGGGUCAAGGCCCUCAUCGAGUUCAUCACCUCCAGGAAGCGGGGUCCCCUCUGGAACCACGAGGAUGUGUCUCCGAAGAACCCCAAUAUUAAGAGCGCGGACCAGCUGAGCGUGUUCCUGCGGCACGUGGUCAACGUGUUCAAACAGACGCAAGCAGGGUUCCAGCUGGAGCAGCUGCUGAGUGAGGCUGCGCUGCAGACAGCUCUGUCCUGCUCGUCCCGCCACUACGCCGGACGCUCCUUCCAGAUCUUCCGCGCCCUCAAGCAGCCGCUCACCGCAGCCACCCUCUCUGACGUGCUCUCACGCCUCGUGGAGACGGUGGGAGACCCGGGAGAAGAGGCUCAGGGCUUUGUCAUAGAGUUGUUACUGACUCUGGAGGCUGGUAUCGACACGCUUGCGGACACCAUGAAGAACUAUGACCUGCUCACUGCUCUGGCACAGCCGUCAUCCCACGAUCCUCUGUUGGGCACCAAGUUUGCGAUCAACCGCAAGAGCACGGGUCAGCUCAACCUGAGCAGCGGCGUGGGCCUCCUGCACGGCCACUAUGGCCACGCUCGCUCCAACUCGUUGCGCGCCAGCCUGCUGGGCGAGCGCAAGGGCGACCGGCGCCGCAGCAACACGCUGGACGUGGCCGAGCGGCUCGGUGGGAGCCAUGGCAACCUGCCGCGCACCAGAAGCUUGUCCUCGCUGCGAGAGGGAGGAGGGGGAGGCAUAGCGGGUGGAGGCGGACCUGGCACAGGUGACCCGGCACCCCCGGCCGACCCGACCAACCUGAUGGCGACGGUGUUCUGGAUCGCGGCGUCGCUCCUGGAGUCGGACUACGAGUUCGAGUACCUGCUGGCGCUGCGGCUGCUCAACCGCCUGCUGGGCCAGCUGCCGCUGGAGAAGGCGGAGAGCCGCGAGCGUCUGGAGCGCGUGCAGGCCAAGCUCAAGUGGUACAGCUUCCCCGGCCUGCUGCAGCUCUUCCUCAAGGGCUUCACGUCGGCCGCCACGCUCGAGCUGACCAUCCACCUGCUCAGCAAGCUCAUCAGCGUGGCGCGCCACACGCUCGUGGACCCGCCGCAGGUGGCAGGUUUCCCUCUAAACAUCCUGUGCCUGCUGCCUCACCUGGUGCAGCACUUUGACAGCCCAACGCCCUUCUGCAAGGAGACGGCGGACCGCAUCGCCAAGGUGUGCGCCGAGGAGAAGUCGGCCACGCUGGCCAACCUAGCGCACAUGAUGAGCCUGUACUCCACGCGCAACUACUCGCGCGACAGCACCAACUGGAUCAACGUGGUGUGCCGCUACCUGCACGACGCCUUCGCCGACAUCACCUUUAACCUGGUCACCUACCUGGCCGAGCUUCUGGAGAAGGGGCUACCCAGCAUGCAACAGUCCCUCCUGCUGAUCAUCUACAGCCUGCUGAGCCACAUCGACCUGUCUGCUGCGCCCGUUAAGCAGUUCAAUCUGGAGAUCAUGAAGAUCAUUGGCAAAUACGUGCAGAGCCCGUACUGGAAGGAGGCCCAGAACAUCUUGAAGCUGGUGGUGUCGCGCUCAGCCAGCCUGGUGGUGCCCGACGAGGUCCAGCGAUCCUACAGUACCGAGUCGUCCGGCUCGCCUGAGAUUGCCUUCACACGCAUCUUCAACAACUCCUCCAAGGAGCUGCCUGGCAAGACGCUGGACUUCCACUUCGACAUCUCAGAGACGCCCAUCAUAGGGCACAAGUAUGGGGACCAGCGCACGGCGGUCGGUCGUAACGGCAAACCGCAGGUCAUUGCUGUGACCAGGAGCACCUCCUCCACAUCUUCAGGCUCCAACUCCAACGGCCUGGUGCCUGUCAGCUGGAAGAGACCACAGCUAUCUCAGAGGAGGACCAGAGAGAAGCUGAUGAACGUCCUGUCCCUGUGUGGCCCCGAGUCAGGCCUACCCAAAAACCCCUCGGUGGUGUUCUCCUCCAAUGAGGAUCUGGACUCAGGAGACCAGCAGACCAGUCUGAUCCCCACCGUGGAGGAAGUGACGCGGGAGGAGGAAGUGCAGGCGGAGGAUGCAGGAAGUGAGCAGCAGUUUGGAGUCUUCAAGGACUUUGACUUCUUGGACGUGGAGCUGGAAGAUGCAGAGGGGGAGAGCAUGGACAACUUCAACUGGGGUGUGCGGCGGCGUUCGCUGGACAGCAUGGACAAGGGCGACACACCGUCGCUGCAAGAGUGCCAGUAUACGGGCAGCACGCCCAGCCUCAACCUCACCAACCAGGAGGACACGGACGAGUCGUCCGAGGAGGAGGUACUGAGUGCUAGCCAGAUUCUCAACCGAUCCAACCUCCUUAAUAGUGACUCUGCAACAGACGAUGCCACAUCCAAUCACGUCGACUCGCUGCAGCAGUCCCAGGAGUCCUCCAGCAGUGUUCUGACAGAAGAGGCCACGCCCACACCACCUUUGCCCCGCCCCGACAGUCCAGCCCCUGAGACCACCCACUCCGACAGCAAUAGCAGCCAGCCGCCUGAGGAUGCGGUGAGUGUGACUGCGGCCGACGAGCUGAGCAGCAGUGUGAGCGAGGACACGGGCUUCGGGAGCGUGCCGCCGCUGCCCUCCGACGUGACUGAGCUCUGCUGCGACUCGUCCCUGCCCGACUCCCAGGACCCCCACGACGAGCUGGACCCGGCCCCCCCUCCCCCGCCGGCCAUCGACAGCCCGCCGGGGUCCCUCUGUGAGGUGGAGGAGGACGAGGGCGGGGGGCCCACCUCUCUGCCCAUGCCCAUAGUGCCCCUGCCAGCGCCGCCCGUCCCGGUAGCCGCGUCCCUGCCGCCGCCGGAGCUGCUGCCCGCCAACCUGGGCUCGCUAGCCGACAGCCCGGCGGGGUCGGUAUGCGAGGACGAUGUAACGAUGGCACUGAAGGAGCUGGACGAGCGCUGCGAGGAGGAGGAGGCCGACUUCUCCAGCAUGUCCAGUCAAGAUGAGGCUGACACAGAGGGCUUUCAGGAGACCCAGGCCUCCCCGCCUCCAUCGCCUUUUCUCUCAGCCAUCCUGGCCGCCUUCCAGCCCGUAGCCUACGACGACGAGGAGGACGCCUGGCGUUGCCAUGUCAACCAGAUGUUGUUGGACACAGAUGGGUCCUCUGCCGUCUACACUUUCCACGUGUUCUCCAGACUCUUUCAGAGCAUCCAAAGAAAGUUUGACUCCAUUACCCAUUCUUCUGUGCACUUCCUGGGGGAGAGGCUCCAGCGAAUGGGCAACCAGUUCCUCAGCUCCCUGGAGGUCAUGACCUCCUGCUCCCAGUGCCCUACUGUGCUGCUGGAUGCAGAGACGUUGGUCUCGUGUGGUCUGCUGGAGACACUCAAGUUCAGUGUGCUGGAGUUACAGGAGCACCUGGACACCUACAAUGGCAAGAGAGAUGCCGCCCAGCAGUGGUUGGACAACUGCAGGAAGACUUUUGGUGAUAAAGACAGCAGCCAUCGGCCCAACACACAGGCUCAGCAAAUGGAAAUAUUAGCAGAGCUGGAGCUUUGCCGGCGGCUGUACAAGCUGCAUUUCCAGCUCCUGCUGCUGUUCCAGGCCUACUGCAAGCUCAUCAGCAGGGUGGACACAAUCAAGAGAGAGGCAGAGGUGAUCAACAUGUCUGACGAGCUGGCCCUGCUGGAGGGCUGUCUGAAGGAGGCGGAGUUGGCGCGUGACGGACAGGAGGAGGUGGGCGUGGGGGAGGCGGUGCACAGCAGCACAGAGACGGCCAUCCACGCGCUCAUCGAGAGCCUGCGGGCACGCCACUUCAGCCAGGCCCUCACACAGGUCAAAGCCUUCAGGGCUCUGUGGCCCAACGACAUCUUUGGCAGCGAGAAGGACGACGCGGUCCAGACGCUGCUGCACAUCUACUUCCGGCACCAGACGCUGGGCCAGACAGGCUGCCUGGCGGUGGUGGGCCCCAGCCGGGACCUGUCGCAGGCCAGCGGCCGCCUCAUGGAGCUCAACCUGCAGAUCCGCGAGGCGCUGCGCCAGGCCCACACGUGCCCGGCGCUCGGCCCCCCCCACACGCAGGUGCAGACCCAACCCCAGGACCAGGACCCGACCCGCGUCCAGAGGGACACAGGGAUCCAACCUCAGACCCCCCAUAUCCAGCCCCCUGCCAGAGACUCAGAUCGAGGACCCCUUGGAGACUCACACAACGGUGCUCAGCACUGGCCUGUGAGGCGGGGCGGCGCGGCACGGGACGCUGCGGCGUAGCACGGACUGAACGUAGGGGACUGCUGCCUCGCCCCACCCCCACCUCCACCUCCAGGGUCCUCUCCAUCCCACCAACCCCCCCCCCUACUCUCUGCACACCUGCACUUGGCAACCUGAAGGUGGGGGGGGGGGUUGUGGGGAAGAGCAAGGAGGGAGUAAGCGUCUGAGAGGAGGAGGGGUGGAUGGGGAGGGGGGGUCCCAUGGGUGGAGACUGGAGACGUCAUUUUAAAGGGCUAAAAGGAUGUGAGGGGGAUGAACUCAACUCGCUCAUGUAGAAAAUGCGCAAGUGUCGCUCUUCCCAUUCUUCUUCCUCUCUCUCUCUCUCUCUCUCUCUCUCUCUCUCUCUCUCCUCUCUUAUUUUUCUCCACCCGAAAAAUAAGCCGACCUCGCUUGGAAGAAGUUAAAAAAAAAAAAAAUUUUAAAAAACAUUCUGCUGCAAUAACUACUCGUGAGAUGGUGACGGGAGGUGGUGUACGGAAGGCCAGAGGCAGAUGAUGCUGAACUGGAAAUGCUUCUCCUUUUGCAGAAUGACCUGUGAGCAGCCUUCCUUGAGAAGAAGAAGUGGUGCAAGCAGGAAUCCCCGUCACAUUGAACUCAUAAUCAAACAUAAUAUUAAGAAACGAAAAGGAAAAAUAUAUAUACGAAUAAAUAAAAACAAGGUUUCAAAUGCAUGCUUGAAAGAGAAAGCACUGCAAGACAUAUUUUUGGAGAAAUGUAUUUUUUAUUAGAGCUAACAUCUUAGGAUGUAAACAUUAGGGAUAUUUAAUGUGUAAUUGUAAGCUGGGGGAAAGGGCGGCUCUCGCCCUCAGGGUGCUGUAUAAAGAGAAAUUUAUCUGUUCACUUUACGGACCACCCCUCCCCCGCAUCCCCCAGAGUCUGGGAAACACCAAGCCUUUGCUUAGUCGCUCUAACAACAGCAACGAAAAAGAAACUCUUACCCUGUUACCAAAUAAGUAGCUGCCUUUAGAAACCAUAGAUAUCCGUGUGUGUGCACGGAUGUGUGUGUCUACGUGUGCCUGUGUGUGUGUGUGUGAGAGAGAGAGAGAGAGAUUUUGUUUGUGUUAUCGCACAGACACAUGUGCUUGUGUUGGCGAUACAGGUUUUGUUCCUAAAGGCAUAUUUACAUAUAAACACACACACAUGCACAUACACAUACACCGAUUGAAAUGUGCGCGCGCACACACAACCACACACAUAGAGUAAGUGCUAAAACUGGCUGCAACUCAUUAUGGAAAUAUCAAUAACUUAUUUUACUCUGUAUAUAUUUUAGAAAAAAUUGUAUAGUGUAAAAGCAGUAUUUUUUCCCUUGUACAUUUGUGUAAUGCACUGUUAAAGCAGAAUAGAGUAUGAAGCUAACGCAAAAAAAUUAAAAAAUAAAACAAAUACGCAAGAAUUGAAUAAGAGACCAGAUAUAACAAUCACUAACAAAUCCUCUUUACCAUUCUACUAUGUUGGCAACUGAAACUUUUCUCCCCAAAAGAACUGGCCUUGGCCUGGGCGAGUGGUCAUCCACAGAGAGGGCACUGACAGAGGUCAGAGUGCAAAGGUCGUCGCCGGGAACCGACACCUAACUCCACUGCUUAGUAGUCGAGAAGAGACACUUGAGGUCGUAGCUCCAUCUCGAUGUUUGGACGGCCAUUGCCCAGCCCAGUCUUGCCACGUGCAUUCCUUAACUCCACUGUGAUUCUCCAUGCCGGCUUGCUUUCCCCUUAGACAGGUUGUUCUGAAAAACCUGUGCUGAAGAAAGCUUGGGCUCUUGUUCGUCCAUGUUUGCUCUGUCUUAACCCAAUACCCCCUGCCCCCAAACCCCUGUCCGGCUCAGGGUUGCACUGAUGGUGUGUUCUAGCCCUAUGCCCUGAGGGGGAAACUGGCCAUGGUGGCUCUGCUGUGCUUCUGAAAGGCACUGGGCUUGCUUGCCGAACUGCAGGACAUUAAGCAAUGUCUUGAGAGAGAGGGAAAAAAAUUGUCGUCAUGGCACAUUUAAGGAAAAGAUAUAACAAGAUGAUCACUGUAUUCAUUCCUCACAUCAAUCUCUUCUGUUGCUUGUCUGGUACAUUUUUGAAUGCUGUUCUUAAUUAUUUAAUGAAUAUAUGGAUAUAUUAUUUACCUGGAAAAGUAUACUUUUUAUUUAGAGGUGCAUU